CUAGCCUUUCUCUACAAGUUUUCACUUUCUAAGCAAAGUUUCUCUUUCUAGCUUCAUUUACACUACUGAAUAAAGUGAUUUGCAAUUGCCGCGGGAUUCUGGUAUCAGCAAUUCCAGCCUCGGAUUUUAUUGAUCUUAGCUCGUCAAGCUUAGCUAAUCACCACUUCUUUGCUAAUCCGUGACUGUUUCACUGAAAAUUUAGAUUUGAUUCACCGUUUUUUUCAAUUUUCCGUCUGAUCACCGAUCUAUUUGCCCCGUGUCAGAGUAAUUUAAAUUCGAAUCGAGUUUCUCCGAUGUUUUGCGUGAAUGGAGAAGAUGCGGCUGAAAUGCAGAGUGAAGUGUGGAGAGAUUGAUUUUUGUUAGUAAAUGAUCUGAACAUUGUGAGGUUUCCGAAUUUGAAAUGCUGAGCCCUAAAUUAGGAGCUCGGUUAGAGCGGAUGAAGCGGAGGUCGAAUUCUGGGAAAUUUCAUCAUAGAUGGAAGCGGAAAUUCUUCGCGUUACUUUUGAUUGCGAUUUGUGUCGCGACGUUUCUGUUGAUGGAAUCGGAGUACAGUAGGAUUAAAAUGCCUCCGUUAAUAUCUCCGCCGCUGCAGAAGCCGAAGAUUGCUUUCCUUUUUAUUGCUCGGAAUCGGAUCCCUCUGGACAUUGUUUGGGAUGCAUUUUUUCAGGCUGACACAGAGAAUAAAUUUUCCAUAUAUGUUCAUUCAAGACCAGGGUUCUUGUUGAAUUCAGCGACUACAAGAUCAAAUUUUUUCUUAAAUCGUCAAGUGAAUGAUAGCGUACAGGUAGAUUGGGGAGCAGCAAGCAUGAUCCAGGCAGAGCGUAUUUUGCUUCGAAGUGCACUGAUGGAUCCUUUCAAUGAGCGGUUUCUUUUCCUUUCAGACAGCUGCAUACCUCUCUAUAACUUCAGCUACACAUAUGACUAUUUAGUGUCAACCCCAAAUAGCUUUGUAGACAGUUUUGCUGAUAAAAGGGAAAGUCGUUACAAUCCAAAAAUGUAUCCAGUGAUUUCUGUUGACAACUGGAGGAAGGGGUCUCAGUGGGUUGUUUUGACCAGAAACCAUGCUAAGGUUGUAGUUGAAGACAAAACUGUAUUCUCUAUAUUUCAGUUACAAUGCAAGAAGAAGCCUCCUGAAUAUUGGCGAGAUCAUCCCAUUCCUGCCGGUACAUCAGCUGAACAUGAUUGUAUACCUGAUGAACACUAUGUUCAAACCUUGCUUACUCUAAAAGGCCUAGAAGGAGAAAUCACAAGAAGGUCACUGACUCACAGUUCUUGGGAUCUAACAUCUUCAAGGGAUCCUCAUAGGAAAGGAUGGCAUCCAGUCACUUACAAGUUGGCCGAUGCUACUUCCAGACUUGUCCAGUCCAUCAAGGCCAUAGAUAACAUCUAUUUUGAGACUGAGUACAGAAGAGAAUGGUGCACUAGCAAGGGGAAACCCUCUCCAUGCUUCCUUUUCGCCAGGAAAUUCACGCGCCCUACUGCCUUACGACUUCUUAAUAUGUCUGCUUUUGGGUUUUCCAAAUAAGCUACAACUUGAGCACAGAUACCACACUGAGAUUGGCAACUGGAAUUCAUACAUGUGAAUAACCUUAGCUAGUGAGUCAUCCAUACUGUUGAAGAUCAAUGUCGAAAAGAGUUGUAUUUGGUGAUGUAAUUGUUGUAACAAAUGUUGUUUUACUAAUAUCUUUCAUAUGUUCCUGUGAGAUGUCAAUAUUAGGUGCAUUCUUAGUUCUGGUUUGUUAGCAUAAGGGGAACCUCAAAUAUUCAGUAAUCUUCAAUAGUAGCCAUCUACAUUUUUAGUUCA